AUGAGCAUGCCGGGCAGUGGUAUGGACAUGUCCGCUCUGAUGUCCCAGCACCCCGUGUUGGGCGCCAUCCCGCCGGCGUUCUUUCUCAGGGCGUCGGAGCGGUACCAAAGGACGCCCAAGUGCGCCCGGUGCCGCAACCAUGGGGUCGUUUCGGCCCUGAAAGGCCACAAACGGUACUGCCGAUGGAGGGACUGCAACUGUGCCAAGUGCACGCUCAUAGGAAGCUCAGCUUGUGAAGAUCGAGAAUUCAGAGUUAUCAGAACCGGAGAUGUGGAUCAUGGUGAAAAGAUAAACCAGUUAGAGUUAGACAAAAACUCAAGAAGCUUGAAGCUUGAUGAUGCUUCGAAAGAAGGCUUUGGUUAA